AUGGAACAUACACUCAAAUGCAAUUUGCUUAAAUGCCGAAAAGAGCUUGGUGACCAGGCGAUGGUGACCACCUGCAGCCAUAUUUUCUGCGUCAAGUGCUCCAGACGCCAUGGUUUGAUCGGGCCAGUACCUGAGCGGCGUAACACCUGCCCAGCCUGCGGUUCCCAGCUGAAAAAUACAGACGAUGCGGUAGUGACCAACCUGAACCCGACUGAGGACUAUAAAACGAGCGUACUGAGCGGGUUGAGUCCCAAUAUCAUCAUGGAGAGUGCAGGGAGAGCAUUGAGCUUCUGGGCAUACCAAACAACACAAGAAAUACCGCGGGAGACGCCGACGCAGAAAUUGAGAGUCUUCAAGAGAAGCUGCAAGGCAAGUUUGCCAAUGGAACAGACCAUUCUGUCUUCGAGCAUGCUUAUUAAUAGUACAGUAGCCCUUUCGGACGACUGCGACGACGUGCGACACAAGCACGAAGAGCUUGCACAUGCCUACCAAGACAAGUGCCGUAGGCUUACACAGGUCCAGGAGCUUUACGACCGGGUGAAAAGGAAAGCCGAGCUAGGACAGAUGGAGGCUGCUGCGCUGGACGCUGUUGCUUCAACUCUCCAGUUCGGUACACGCGUGCCCGAAUACAAUAAGAAUGAAUCGGCCGCGAGGCUCAACAUAUACGAGCAGCAAACAGACCCUGUGCACCACGCUCCUCCUUAUGCCACCAGGACAGACCGUCAGUACCAGAGCGCACACGCUGAUGGAAGCUCAGGGACAUUUCGUGGGGAUAUGGCCUGGUCAAGGAGCGGACCUGCGCAAGGCGGCGAUGUACAGACUCCGCACGGAACCCCCCGGGCGCAUGGUGUUGAUAUCGGGGCAGAGAGUCAUGCUAGAUUCGGGUCGUCGGCGGCUUCCAAGCCGGCUGUACGUACAUCUUCAAGUCGGGGCCUCUCUGGCGUACUUGGCAAUGCUUCAAAUUUAAGACACCAACCGGUUCUUCGUGGUCAUGGACUCGGUCUCGGUCUCUCCUCUGGCAUCAGAACCAGUCACACCAGUCAAGCCAACCAUGGCAGCCACAGCAGUCAUGGUUCGGAGGAACGCGCAUAUCAGUUAUAUGCCCGAGGUAUUUGCAAGGUGUCACCAUUCCUGAUGUUCUCGCCACUGACCCUCAAUGAUAGCUGCCCAGCGCCCAAACCUUGCCCCUGCAGAAUUUGGCCAUAUGCCUGGCCCAUGACAGAAAGCAUGACUGGCGGUCCCAUAGGACAGGACUCUCUUUUCAGGCGGCUUUGUUUUUGGGGGAAGAGACAAUAG